UUCUACAAACAAAAACAUAAAAAAGAUUGGAAAUAUGACAUCUGCGUAUCGUCCAAGAGUUAUUGUUAAUGGAACAAGAAGAACAAGAAUGUUCCAUUACUUCUAUUGUCGUCAUUGUAGCCGUACCAUUAGGCUGACUAGCUAUGGUCUAUAUGGUCCCUUAUGUCCUUUUUGUUCUAGAGAGAUCAAUCUCCAUGAUGAGCUUGACAUUAUGAGGCCAAGCCGACCUUAUUGGGAUAGCGAUACCGACUGGAUCACGUUUCAUCUUGUCAACCAACCGAGAAGUAACCGGUUCAGUCAUGAUGAUCUAGUUUACAAUACCGACGAGGAAUUCGCUGAUGUGAUGCCCAGCGUACAGAUCGGUCCACCACCUGCCUCGCAAUCCGCCAUCCAGGCUGUGAAAACGGUGAUAAUCACGGAAGAGGAUUUAGCGAAAGAGAAGGUUUGUGCGAUAUGCAAGGAGGAGUUUGAAGUUGGAGAGGAAGGAAAAGAAUUGAAAUGCGUACAUUUAUACCAUGCAAGUUGCAUUGUGUCUUGGUUGAACAUUCACAACACUUGCCCCAUUUGUCGCUUUGAGGUUAACUUAGGUGUUUCCGAAAGUAACCUAGAAGAAGGAGAGUCGUCUCACCACGUUGACUAUGAUCGAACAAAUCGGUUUAGGACUCGGGUAUGUUCUUUGUGGCCUCUCCGAAUGAUGAUUGAUUGGGUACAUAAUCUCAUAGAUAUAAGAAUAACAAACUCUUGACAAAAAAAAAAGUUAAAGAAUUGCAAACAAGAAUGUAGGAAACUAGGAAUAUUGACUACAUAAUUAGGUUAAUAAUGAAAGAGAGGGAAGAGAAAACUAUAUAAAGAGGCAAAGAGGGUAAAAGGCUAGAAGCGGCGUUUAAGGAACAUUUCAUGAAACAAAAAUUUGGCAUUAGCAAGACUAUAUAUGCAUAAUGCAUUAAUAAUUAUAUUUUAUUCAUUUGUAAGUUGUAACAACUGUAGUAAAUAAAAUAUCUUGGUAAUAAACUCAGUUCUCUAGUAGCUAGGGUCCCAUGAUCCCUCAAUCGUCUGAAAUCGCAUUGUCUCUCACCCUUUGUUUGAUUGUUUAUUUCUCUCUCAAGACAGUUUAGUUGGUACCCUCACCAACCCUUCUUAAUUGCAGAUAUCUUUUUUCGUCUGAUUUUGUAAAUUCGGCCGGGUUUGUGACUUUUCGGUUUGACUUUCCAUGAACUUCUCUACUCUUGGUCUACCUUCUCUUAUUCUCAUGCAUUUAAUAGAAAAUCUCUUAUCAAAAGA